AUGUGUCCGCUGAGAAUCAUCUUGAUCUUCCUUUCGGCCACACUUGCAGGGUUUUUCGUGCUGAGGAACCUCAAAUCUCAACCACAAGUCGUCCACACCGACGAUUCUGUCAAUAAUCCCUCUGAAUCAUCAUCCACUUCUGACAAACAAUCUUCCAAGGUUUGGGGGGCAAUUGGGGCAGGUCUCUGGACCUGCGUGGACAUGGCAAGCGGCCGCUAUCUCUGGAGGACUCUGGUUUCAUCUUCUUCUUCGAAACGCUCCGUCUGA